UGCAGCCCCCGCCAGGGCUGAGCCCUCGGAGUCUCCGAGCUUCCUCGGCCCCUUUAAACUGGUGGUUUCAGCAGUCUGGGGUUCCCAUGACAACGACGGCGGAUGGGGGACCCGGGCGGGGUCCGGUCGGAGCGCAUGCGCGGUGCGCGGUCGACGCAGCACGUCUUCCGAGUAGCCGGCGCUGGUCGCGGGGUCCCUGAACCGCGGGCGGCCCCGGCUCCCUGCGCUGCCAUGGCCCCCCCGCCGCUGUGCAGGCUCCCGAGGUCGCUGCCGCCGUGGCUGCUGCUGCUGCUGAGCGUGGCGCUGUUGGGUUUCCAGGCCCGCGCCGAGCCCGCCACCGGGAGCGCGGUCCCCGCGCAGAGCCGUCCGUGCGUGGACUGUCACGCGUUCGAGUUUAUGCAGCGCGCCCUGCAGGACCUUCGGAAGACGGCCUACAGCCUGGACUCGAGGACCGAGGCCCUCCUGCUGCAGGCCGAGCGCCGGGCCCUCUGUGCCUGCUGGCCUGCUGGCCGCUGAGGCCCCUCACCCGCCACUAUUCCCCCAUCAAUAAACACGGGCCCCACAUGC